CUGGUAUGUGCAUUCACAUCAGCACAUGUGUGUAGGGGGACAAAGGGCUGCAGGAGAUUUCAGCAGCAGGAGGUGACGUCAGCAAGCCGCUUUUCCCCUUGUUGACUCAAUAACAAGAAGAAAGAAGGAAAGAAACUGACCUGAGUGAAAUGCUUUAUCUUAUGCCACAUCGCUCGACUUCAAUACGACUUCAACAGCUCGAGCGGUGUAUAUGCGAUCUUGGUUCACCAGUCAGCUAUUCAAAUUUCUGUCUUCUGGCUAGUUAAGUUAUAUGGAAAACCUGUUUAAGUCGAAUUCCCGAGGAUUCUGUUCCACAAAGGAUCCUAUGACUCUUCUUCUGGUUUUAAAACGUAAACAUGUUUGUUUUUAUGAAGAGCAGCAGAAAUAUGAGUGAAUUGGUGAGCCCGGAGUAUCAGGGCUGUGUGGACGGAUCUCUGAUGGACGGAUUCAGUGUUUUUAUUCAGGCUCUGUUGGCUCUUCUGGCUUUCAGCACUUUAAUGUUGAAGAGGUUUCGUGAACCUGUUGGAAUCAGACGACCUUGGAGGAUCUGGAUCUUUGAUACAUCUAAGCAAGCCAUUGGUGCUCUUUUCAUGCAUUUUGCCAACAUAUUCCUGUCCACACUCACCAAUGAAGAUCCCUGCUCUCUGUAUCUAUUGAACUUCCUGUUGGAUGCCACAUUGGGAAUGCUGGUGAUCUGGAUGGGAGUGACAGUUGUUUCUAAGAUAGUGGAAUAUAAACAGCUAACACUACUAAUGUUUGGAGAAUAUGGUGAUCCUCCUCGGGUAGAGGCCUGGUUGGCUCAGUGCUUGGUGUAUUUACUCAUUGUUGCUCUGGAGAAAAGUGUGGUCACUCUGGUGCUGCUCAUUCCCGGGUGGACCAAUCUGGAGGAGGUGGUGUUGGACUACAUCCCAAGCCCACAGCUGGAGUUAGCCAUCGUCAUGCUGAUCGUGCCUUUCAUUGUUAAUUCUAUAAUGUUCUGGGUGGUGGACAGUUUAACAAUGCGGAAAUAUAAGAAGAUGACAUCUCUGGAAGGCUCGCAUGACUCUCCAAAGCAAGUAGACGUGUUGCCAAAUGAAAGCAAUGAUGAAGCUGAGGUGCUGCUAAAGGAAGAUGAAGAUGAUGCUACAGUAUGUUCUGAAGAGGAAGAACCGGCCUCAACAGAAGAGGCAUUAAUACGAGUCUAUAUGGAAGUUUAAAAAACACAAAGCAUACCUAUCAACAUUUCUUAUACCCUAUAUCUCUGUUCCUAAACCUAGAGAGCUGCCUUGGUGUUUACUACCUACCUUCUAAGGCAGCUUCCUAAUUGAAAUGGAAACUCAAGUGACUGAAUUGGAACCUUGUAAUUAAGUAGAAACUCCACCGCACAAAUAGAGUUUUUCACUUGAAGUACACUGGAAACUGGACUCAAAUGAUUCCAGUAGAGUUUGUUGUUAGCAUGUUGCUAAGACAACACAAAACGUAAUACUUGACAUGAUACAAAGUAUAAAAAUUCAUGGCACACGUAAAAUGUUGAGUAAAAUUCUCUCUUUUUAGUUGAUAGGCUACUUGAAUGAAAUAUAUUUAUUGUCAACAUUUCAUUUAUCAUUUAGUAGCCUAUGCUAGUAAAUCCUGGAACAGCAUUGUUGGGAGAGUACCUUUAAUGCCUUAAAUUGAGCUUUUCAUGAGAAGUACAUUUAGAAUAUUACAAUUGAUCCCAAUAGAGUCUGAUGUUAGCAUGUUGCUAAGCUAACAACAUAAUGCCCUAAGUAUUAAAAAAAUCCUUUAGUUUUAGUUAGUUAGUUUUAACUGUUAUAUUUUUACUUUUCAUUAUUAAAUGAAAUAUAAGUCAUCAUUUCUCUCACAUCGUCCACCAUCUUAAUCAUUAAUUUAAAAAAAAAAAAAAAAAAAAACCUGACCUUUUCUGCAAAGUCAGUCUUUGUUUUGGGCACAUACCUAUGGUACUUUAUCCCAUAGGUACUUUUUUUUUUUUUUUUUUUUUUUUUUUCUUUAGACAUUUCUAUCAUUCUAACAUUUUCUUUAGGUUUUAUUUUUUGUUACCAUUAACAAAUGUUCUUACAAUAUUUUGUCUAGGUAGGCAGUUCACUAUAUGUGACAUGCUAUACUUCAUAUAAAACUACAUUUUACGUAUUUUAUAAUUAUUAUGCAUGCAGCUCAUGUUAAAUAUGAGCUCAUUUUAAUUGCGAUACUAUGUGGAACUUUGUACUUUUUAAAAUUUGUUUGUUAGACUAUUAGAAUUAGUGAACCAAAAAUGUGAUUAGAACCGUCACCGAUUCAUUGUUACAGCGUCUACGUUAUACAUUUUGCCUUAUAUAUUUAUAUAAACUCUAAAGCUGCAGUCCAUAAGUUUUGCCUCUUUGUCGCCAUCUCUGUUUGAAACCUGCAAUUGCAGUUAUUUGCGGAAUUAUCAUUUUUACGUGGGUUGUGGAUCGGCACAGCUCCUCACUUGCUCAAAAAUCGAAUUUUUAACCAAAAAAUGUUACGGACCUUAAAUUGUUGGAAAAAAUAGGUGUUGGAAAAAGUGAAUGUCCAUGUUAUUUGUCAGAAAGAGAAAGAGCUGAAUUGCGACAUUGCAUUUUAAACAAAUAUUUCCAUAUUAAUUACAUUUUAGGAUGUUUAUAUGUAUAAGAUAAUUAAUAGCUUAUGAGUUAUUAAAGGAAAACAUUAUCCUGCCUCCACUUUUGAGUUCAUACUUCUAAGAAGUUAAUUAAAAGUAGAGAAACAGAGACAGAUGAAAUAGGAGGUCUAGUGUUUCUCCUGAUUACAGACAUUCAGACUUUUAAUUUGAAGUCUAAACAGCUCAUGUCACUACUUGUGAUGAACACCCCACUGUAAACACACUACAACCACUUGCAGCUCGACACACAUGCUAGAAUACAUCUCCUAAGAAAAAAGUUGUCUUGUGUAAAACCAUUUGUAAAUAUUGUGAAAGACCAGAUGACCUUUGUUUUAACCUGUAACGUUUAAACCAUGUACAGUAUUCAGGUUUUUUUAUAAUUGUGUUUUUGUAUUUUUACUCAAGCAACAUCAUGCAAUAGUUCUUAUUAACAAUUUGAUAUAUACAGUGUAUAAUGAUGUACAGACUUGUAACUGUAAACUUUCAGCUGUUAAAUUAUAUUGAUUUCCUCAAAAUUGUAGCAGUGCCAAUAUGCACAUGUGGUUUCUUCAACGUGUUUGAGGAAAGUUGGAAAAUUCUUUCUUGAUUUUUUUUUGAUGUAAACAAAUAAAACUACAGUUUGAGUGCUAAAGUUUAUUACAAGCUUGAACUUGUUGUAAAAUGCUAAAAAAACUUCUUGUAAUAAAAAAUCUAGAACUAAA